UGUACCAGUGUUGUGUGUCGCUUCAUUCCGGUUGAGUCGCUGUCGAGCGGUGACGACCAUGUCGGUCCUCCGUGCUGCUGUGCUGUUUCUCGGACUGGUCGCGUCGUGCACUCCGGACUUCGCUCCCCCCACAAUUAACAUAAACCUGGACGACGACCCAAAAGUGAGAUGGGAGCCAAUUCUGAAAGUAUUCGACCCAGACUAUCUCAAGAGAGCCGCUGCUGAGGUCAUAGACUCAACUGUUCCAAAAUGGCUUCACAAUGUCCUUAAAGAACUUGUCAAGUCUUCAGAAAAGUACAUUCUUCCUGAGCCUUAUGGGGAUGAGAUUCGAGGCUUGGCAGCACACUUUGGUGAUGGCCUCUCAGACGCCAUCAUGCUCAACUAUGCCUAUGAAAUAUCUGCAUUUUGCACGAGCAUUGUUGCUCAGGACAAAGACGGGAACCUGUUCCAUGGCAGGAAUCUGGACUACCCACACUCUUCAGUUCUGAGGAACCUGACUGUGAAUGUAAACUUUCUGAAGGACGGAAAGGUGGCAUACAGUGGAACGUCGUUUGCUGGCUAUGUUGGCCUGUGGACAGGACAGAGUCCGAACAAGUUUACUGUCUCCGGUGACGAGCGAGGCAAGGAUCAUUGGUGGAACGUCUGGAAGAAUAUGGUGUCAGGUUUUUUGUUAGGGAGAAGUCCCGUCAGCUGGCUGGUGAGAGAGACUCUGGAGGUGGCAGAAGACUUUCAAAGCGCAGUCAUGCGUCUUGCCAAAAUCCCCAUCAUCACAGAGGUGUAUUACAUUGUGGGCGGGGCACGGGCGGGGGAAGGAGUCGUCAUCACCAGAAACCGAGGCGGCCCUGCAGACAUCUGGCCUUUGAAUCCGCUGAAUGGCGAAUGGUUCCUAGUCGAGACCAACUUUGAUCACUGGCUUCCGUCCCCAGCCAAGGAUCAUCGGAAACAAGCAGCUGACAAAGCAAUGAAUGCUACAGGUCAAGGUCAUAUCAACAUGAAGACGCUUUAUCAGGUUUUGUCGCUCAAUCCAGUGUGUAAUGAGAUAACAGUUUAUACGACAACGAUGAGUGCUGCAAAACCUGAGGAGUAUUCCACACGUGUCAGGCCACAGGGCUGUCCUGGGACUCACUGACCUGAAUCGCUUUGAGUGAUCAACAGCGAAUCUACGUGGCACUAAUCCUAAAAAAUGACCAACAAACAAAAACAUUCUAAGCCUUUGUAGAUAGUUAAUUGAUUCAGAGUACCAAUUGCUUUAACAUCAGUGUGUAUGCGAUUUCUCAUGUAUGUGACAACUUUUAAUGCACCUUAUUGUUAAGAUUUCAAACUUGUGAGGAAAACAUAUAAGUCACUGUCCUUUGAACUUUUAUUUGUAACAGACCAGGUACAAUUUUAACACAGUAAAACAAGUAAUAUACUGUAAACAACAAAGAAAAACCACCCCUUUUGCUGUUAUUUGUUUUUUUUUAAAUUAAAAUGACAUGUUCUUGCUUAAAUAGGGAUGUCUUUUGCUGUUCUAUUUUUUAAAUCUGAGCAGAAGUUUUGAUGGUGCAGUGCCUUAAUUCAGACAGUGUUGCUUUGGUUCGCAGACUGACGUGUUAGAAGUGUUAUUUUUAAUCAGCUACAUUCAUUAUGUCUGUCGCAUAAGAUUAGCUUUCAAUUUUAAUUGCCAUGUUUUUAACUAUUUCAUGCACACUUUAAAAUGUUAUUGUGAUGUAUUGUUUACAUUCAAAAUCACAACCACAAAUUGAAAUGUUAUGAAAAUAAAUGUAUUUUUUAAAAUGGUUAUUGUUGCCCUUUAAUGUGGAAUUUGACAAAUGUUUACCUUUUGUUUGUUUUCUUAAAUCUAAAUUUGCUAUAAGUCUUGUUGAUUAUUGUUUUAAAUAUGCAUUUGUUCACCUUUUUUUUUAUUCCAUGGCACUGUAUUGAAUGUGUUACUAAUACCAAGUAUAUAAGCAAAAUUAUAAUACCUUUUAGUGAGUGCAGCUGUUUUGAAAGUAUCUUUUUGUCAAAACAAUAAAAAAAUCUAACCCUAACCCUCUAACCCUAACCCUAACCCUAUGAGAUGUGAUGCAAGCAGGCCCGGCCCUAACCAAUCUGGCGCCCUAGGCAAGAUUUUAGGUGGCGCCCCCCCACAUCGGCAGUGAAGUGUAUAUACUCACAAGAAACCGAAUAGCUUUGUCUUUGACCUUUUUUUUACUUAAAGAAAGCAAAUUAACAAUCAGAAUAGUUAACAAGAUAAAAAAAAUAUGAAUAAAUAAAUGAAUGCAAAAAAUGAAUAUAUGAAAUACAAUAUUUUUUACAUACAUAUUGCUUAAUUUACAUUAAUGAUGUGCACUUUAACAACUAGGCUUACA